GCCCCAGUGGUGCUGGCUAACGGUGGUCAAUUUCGUUGGCCGAGACAGCAUACAAAAGUUGAGCUGAAUCUUAGGACUGCUUACAGUGGUCUUCUUCUCCUGACACAUCCGUCUCGUACAGUACCCCCUAAAUCGUGUCGCCCAUGACUUACGCUGGCCGAAAUUUGACAACUAUCUCGAGAUUUGCUCAAGUUGUCAGGCUGUCAGGCAAAAGUCUAUCAAUCCUAUUCUACUGGCCUUGCAUGCUUUUGAGAACAUGGUGGUCCUGCGUGAACAUUUGCAUCACGGGAACCAUCCGAAAAAGGUCAAAAUUCCGGACGGCCUUUAAGCUCCGAACCUGCCUUAAUGGAGGGCUGUAUGGAGGGGUUUCAAACUCCCCACCACGUAGUUGCAUGUCACAGACUGCGGGCAGGAGGACAGUCCGACAGUAGGUAUCUGUCUGGAAGGGCUUUCAUAUCCCUGACCAUUUGAAUGCCUGAUGAAGAUCUUCGGUUAUAUCAAUUAUUA